CGCCGGGGCCGGCGGGCGCGGCGGCGGGGCCUCCAUGAUGGCGGCGUCCAUCUCGGGCUACACCUUCAGCGCCGUCUGCUACUGCAGCGCCAACAGCAGCGCCGACCACGAAGGAUUCCUGCUGGGAGAGGUGAGACAAGAAGAGACCUUUAGCAUCAGUGAUUCACAGAUCAGCAACACUGAGUUUCUGCAAGUGAUUGAAAUCCAUAACCAUGAGCCUUGUUCCAAACUCUUUAGCUUUUAUGACUAUGCAGGCAAGGUUAAUGAGGAGAGUUUGGACAGGAUUCUUAAAGACCGAAGAAAAAACGUUAUUGGAUGGUACAGAUUUAGGAGAAACACUCAGCAGCAAAUGUCAUAUAGAGAGCACAUCAUCCACAAGCAGCUGACACACAUUCUUGGAGUGCCUGAUCUUGUCUUCCUCCUCUUCAGCUUCAUUUCCACUGCAAAUAACUCAACCCAUGCUUUAGAAUAUGUGCUUUUUAGACCAAACCGAAGGUAUAAUCAAAGGGUGUCGCUUACUAUUCCUAAUCUAGGAAACACUAGUCAACAGGAAUACAAAGUUUCUUCAGUGCCAAACACUUCUCAGAAUUAUGCCAAAGUUAUUAAGGAACAUGGUACUGAUUUUUUUGACAAAGAUGGAGUGAUGAAGGACAUCAGGGCUAUAUAUCAGGUUUAUAAUGCACUUCAGGAAAAAGUACAGGCAGUGUGUAUAGAUGUAGAAAAAAGUGAACGUGUUGUUGAAUCUUUUCAAGCUGAUGUAAACAAGUUAAAAAGGCAAAUCGCACAAAAGAAAAAUGAAAAAGAACAAGAAUUAAGAAUGCAGCAAGCAAUUUUAAGCAGGCAAAUGCCAACAGAUAACUUGGAACCUAUGUUUGUUCCCCGAAUGUCCUACACUGGAUUUGCUGUGGAAGGCUGCACGCUUGAAGAUUCAGAUGUCUCUGAUCCUCCCCCUCCAUAUUCUGAUUUCAAUGCAUCCAGUCAAGAAAGUACUGUCAGUCAUGGUCUCCUCGACAGCAAUGUUUUUAUGCCUCGGCCUCAAGCAGUAGGUUCUUCCAGUUAUGUUUCCACAAAUGCAGGAUUGAAAUAUUCUGGUAAUGGAGCAUCCAUGCCAUCUUCCCAAAGAGCAGUUGGUGACAAUGUUGAUGAAUCAGAAGACAGUGAUUAUGAAAAUUUGCUUGAACCUACAGAGUCAUCUGACAGUGAAUACUCACAGACAAGGGAUUCACGACCUGCAGCACAUCCCGAUGGAGAUUCCAGGAACACUCAAACUUCCCAGAUUUGAUAGGGGGAGGGAAAAGAAAUCCACAUGACACUGUUUUUUCAUUUGUUCCAGAGACAUUUUGGGGAUUUAACCUGGAGGAAAUGAACUACACAGGAUUUCUGUGCACACAAAAUGUAGAAGACUUGCACUAGAGGGUUUAUUCACCUUGUGAUACAUUUUGCAAGUUUUAUAAUGGAAUCAUUAGGAUAAUCAAAUUGUACAAAUACUGGUGAGCUUCAUGGAUGUCCUGGUAAAUUUAGGCAAAAUGAAAUUUAUAGAGAACUUGUAGCUUUUGUUGCCGUAUUUUCUUUAAGACAAUAAAUUGGGGUGUAGUAACUAAGCACAGCUAGUCUACAAAUGAUGUUCUCAAAUCAAAACUUACCUCUUGCACUAUCAUGCCUUGAAUUUUAAUUUUUGAAAGGGAAGAAUUGUAUCAUCAGCCGCCUUCAAAAUAGCUUUUUGUGGUAAGCCAAGUUGGCCUUUGCAAGCAGAGGAAUGUUGGUAGCUCUGAGAAGCCUGAUUGGAACAGAUGUGGUCUACCUUCUUCUAUCAGCAUGCUCUUUUACCAGAGAAGGGGUUUGUUUCAACCUUUUUUUACUAGCAGAAUGUGUGUAUCACUUCAAAUGAUGGUUGCCUUUUUUCUGUAAAGGGUGUUGGGGUGGGGGGGAGGGUGGGAUGACUGGUAAAUCAUCCAAAUGAAUGUCAUAAAUAUAAUGAUUCUGGUUUCGCUGGGUUUACAAUGACUUUAUGCCACACUAGCCUCAUUUAUUGUCUCAUUUGUUAUUUUAGCAUAAAUACAAAGUGCACAUACAAGGAGUAAAUGACUGACAGAAGGAGUAAAUUCCAUCAUGAUUGGACUUUGGAGUCUGCAAAUUAUAAACAUCAGAGACUGCUUUUUGCAUUUUAUUUGCAUCUGCAUAUUGGAUUUAUGCUUCUAGAUGAGUUAUUUUAUGUAAUAAACAGGGGAUAGGGUAGGAGAAGAUUGCUUGGAGAGUCCCAUGGGUUUAUUACCUCUUUUCCUCUGGGUGAAAUGUGUAAAUGAUUAUUCUAAUCUGAAUUGCGGUUCUAGUCAGAAAAUUGCCAUUUGGGAUAAAUGAAGUGUGGUAUAUUUGGAGAAUUUCAUGUUUGGAUGCACUUAUUUAAACACUGCUUGUAUGCUAACAUUGCCCAAAAUAUGUGAAAUGGUGCCACUAAGAAGUUUGUAUGAUUGGACUUUUCUCCCUGGUCUGUAAAUGAGAAAGCACACAUUUGAAGAUGAGGUUAUCUUAAGCAUUUGUCCCUUUGAGGGGUCCAUAACCACUUCUUUGGUUUGCACCCAGAAGAACAAAGCAGUUGCUUACAAGUAGCAGUAGUUCAGAUUUCCAACAAGACUGAAGAUUUCAGUAUGUAUGUAUGUGUAGGCAAAAGGCUGUUCACGAGCCUCUCCUCACCUGUACUAAAUUAAGCAAAAACUAUUUUGGAAAGAAAAAAAAAAAAAGAUGUUAAAAUCACCACUCUUCUAUGGCUUGUUUCUACCUUUGAACACCUAGUGGUCUGGUUUAGCUGUUUGACGUGAUUCUGGUUAGCCUUAACUUGAUGCAUUUUGUCUUGGAGUGUUGCCCUGGGUUCCUUGCUGGCUGCAGGCACCCGGGGUGGAAAUCAGAACUGGACAAGAGGGCAACUACAGUCUUUCUCUUUAUUCUGCACAGAAACCUGCAAAGUGUACAUCUGACAAAGCAGUUAAAUGUGACAAUAAAAUCAUAUUUAAUCCGGGAA